AUCAUUUCCGUUAAUCAAAUACAGGCUACUUAUGUAUUUCGCACAGAAGUAUGGCACUCGAAUAGAGAUAGUUCGUGACUGAGUUACUCUGUUCGGUUUGUCAUACGAGUAUAAUAGCUUAAUCACCGUUGUAUUUUGUGUUCAGUUUGUUCCGUGAGAGAAAAUACUUUGAACUCCAUGGUAAAUCACGGGAAUGUUUGGUUUUAGAAUAGAAUAUCUAUGAAUUUCAAUUCUAAUGUGAGAUACAACUCAUCUAGUCCAAUCAAUAACGUGUUUGGAUGAAAGCUGUCAUUAUAACGUUGGAUAUUCAACAUGAAGAGAGUUCUUGGCGUUGUAUUCUACACUAUUUCUACACUUUUGAUACUCUCAACUGCUGAUGAAGAUACACAACAUGGAGAAAUUGAGAAAAUGAAUAGUUCAAGCGGAGAGCUACAUGGAGCUGGACAAGCAUUGCAGGCAUUUGUCUCCAAGAAAAAAUCUUUCAAACAUAUACAAUCAAGAUUGGAUUCAGAAAAUGAAGAAGUUGAAUAUGUUUUCAGAAAAGGCGAGAGUACUGAUGUAGAACCGUCCUGUAAGAUUGGCCAGUUCUACAAGAUCAGAUACCCUGGCUCAUGCAAUAUGUAUUACCAGUGUAAUAAUGGCACACUCACAGUUGAAAAGUGUUAUCCUACACGGAAUUUCGAUGUGAUAACUCAUUCGUGUAGAUUCUAUUGGUAUGUUGACUGUAGUCUGAUUGACCCUACAACAACUUCAAUUAGUGUACCUUCAAGUACCACCCCUCUCACAACAAUGUCCAUUUCAACAACUCUUUCUUCUAAUGUGACAUCUUCUCCAAAUUCAACAAUUUCGAUUGGUACAACAACCACACGUCCUGCAACAACAACGUCGACUUCAUCAACAGCAUCAAGUCCAACAACAACAACAACAUCAAGUCCAACAACAACUUCGACUACAACAACAUCAAGUCCAACAACAACUUCGACUACAACAACAUCAAGUCCAACAACAACAACUUCGACUACAACAACAUCAACUUCGACAACAGAAAAGUCUACAACAACACCAAGUACAACAAGCUCAACUACAAGUCUGACAACAACCACUCCUACAACAAAAACAACCUCAAAACCAUCAACCACUCCAUCUAUCGAGCCACGCUGCUCUCUGGGACAGUACUACAAGAUCAGGUACCCAGGAGAUUGCUCAAAGUACUACUUCUGUUAUAAUGGCUCUCUCACUGUCAGAAGGUGCAUAUUCCCACUAAAAUUUGAUGCAAUUCGAGAGGAAUGUCGUCUCUUUUUCUUCGUGGACUGCAGCAUUGACUCUGUUACAACAACAACAACCAAUCUUCCUCAAACAACAACAACAACUAAACCAACAACCACUGCUCGCCCAGACACCACUACUACCAGUACUACCACCACCACAACAACAACAACAUCAACAACCACCACAGAGAAAGUGGAUCCCUCAACAGCUAAUCCCAUCUGUGCUAAAGGAGACAACUAUGUGAAGCGAUAUCCCAAAGACUGUCACAAGUAUUAUCAAUGUGUUAAUGGUGAAUUAUCUGUUGAAACUUGUUUUUGGUGGUAUAAUUUUGAUGUAAUUACUGAAAGUUGCAGACCAUAUUACCAAGUAGAUUGCAGUAUAAUGGAGAUUACAACAGUGCCAACUACAUCAACCAGUACAACACCGGCAGGGCCCACCACUCAGAAGCCAGUCAAGUGUGAAUCAAAUGAGCAAUUCAACUACCCUGACUUUACAAACUGUCGCAAAUAUUAUGAAUGCAGCUUUGGUGUUGUAACCCUGAAAGAGUGUGCUGUACCUUUUCUAUUUGAUGGUCCCACAAGGAAAUGUGCUAUUUUCUAUAUUGCCAUAUGUCAAACUAGCGAAGUUCUCUUGAGAGAAGUCUCAUCGACUGGAGAGAUUCCACAGCUGGAUGAUAUUGAGUAUGAUUCAGUGGAGAAAGUUGGCGAUUCAACUUUCCCCCAGAGUAGAAAACUUUUGGAAGUAGACGAUAUUAACAAACAACCAUCUUGUAUGCCUGGUCAGUACUUCAAAGAACCUUUCCCAGACAAUUGUAAUCUCUAUUAUGAGUGUAAUAAUGGGACAAUACAGUUGAAAUCAUGUGGCCUAUUCAGAAAUUUUGAUGUAGUUUCCAAGUCUUGUACAUUUUUGAUAACAGCAGUAUGUUAUGAGCCAGAAGAGCCAACAGUGUCAACUGACACUAGCACACCACCUACUUCUACUCCAACUACUACUACUACUCUAACUACUACUACUACCACUACCACAUCGAUCCCCAUUACUACAUCAGUAAUUACAAGCACCACAGUUGAAUCUCCAACAACAAAAGCUGAUGAUAAGCCCACCUGUAGAAAGGGAAAGAAUUUCAAGGUGAAAUACCCUGGAACUUGUAACAAAUAUUACAAGUGUAGUGAUGGCAAACUGACUGUGGAAGAAUGUUUUAUUUUUUUCUAUUUUGAUGAGGAGUAUGAGAAAUGUAGAGUCUACUGGUUUGUUGAGUGUGAUUGGAGUCCCACAACUGCUCCACCCACAACAGUAACCACCUCCACGACAACUACAACCACAACUGAAAAGCCAUUGCUUUGUGGACCUACUGAGAACACCAACUAUCCAGACCCUAGAAACUGUAAGAAAUAUUUCCAUUGUGAGUAUGGAGUAGUAUAUAACAUGACAUGUGCCAGUGUACUAUUAUUCGAUAGUGUCACAAGAAAAUGUGCUUUGUUCUAUUUAGUAACCUGUGCAAAACCAGAGGAAGAUGGGCUGUACUUGGGAAGCUCCUCCGAAUUUGACAUUGAUGAUUUGGAAGAUUAUGAUGCGUUAAGGAAUCAUGAGGACAGAAAGGUGAUGUUGCCUUUCAGGGAAAGGAAUACCUUGGAGAAUUAUCCACCACAGUUAUCAAGUGAAAGUAGAGCAGCAAUCAUUGAAUCUAUUCUCAGACCGAUCAGUUUUGAAACGCAACAGAGGAUUGAUGCAGAAGUACCAUCCUGUAAGAAGGGACACAACUUUUUGAGCCACUUCCCAUAUGACUGCCAGAAAUAUUAUAAAUGCGAAGAUGGUGAAUUAACAGUUGAGACAUGCGCUUCUUUUUAUAGGUUUGAUUAUGUGGCUAAAUUAUGCAGAUUCUAUUGGUAUGUUGUUUGUGAAACAAUCCCUUUACCAGUUACAACUGAACUCCCAAAUACAACUACUACUGAUCUCCCAGUUACAACUACUACAACAGAACUUAUCACGACUGAUGCAUCAACGCCAACAUCAUCUUGUAGACCAGGACAAUUCUACAGACGACGUCAUCCUAAGUACUGUGAUCGAUUUUAUGAGUGUAAGAAUGGAAAUAUUACAUUGGAAUCUUGUCCAUUCUUACAAAAUUAUGAUGCAAUUACACAGAUGUGUCUUCUUGUGUGGCUGGUUGAUUGCAACGCCAGUGACCCAAUCACAACUCCAGAAUAUGUUCCAACCACUACUACUACUACUACUACAACUACAACUCCUAUUACAACAGAAAUUGUUCCAACAUCAACUACCAGCCCUGUUUGUACUGUUGGACAGUUCUACAAGAAGCGUCAUCCGAUAUUCUGCAACAAAUAUUAUGAAUGUAACAAUGGCUCCAUUACACUGCUAUCUUGCUAUUACUUGAGAAACUUCGACAAAAAACUCGAGCAAUGUCGAUUUUAUUGGCUGGUAGAUUGCAGAGAUUCUGAUCCAAUCACAUUGCCUCCACCACCACCAACAACAACAACAACUCCAAACACCACACCAACUCAAGACACCUCCCCAACAACCAGACUGACCACUCCAACCAGUUCCACCACACCCUCUGGACCCAUUUGCGGAAUCGGAAUGUAUUACAAGUCAAGAUACCCCAGCGACUGUAAAAAGUACUAUGACUGUGAGAACGGUGUGUUGACCGUUCAGAGUUGUUCCAUUUUCAUGAGCUUCGACUCAAUCUCUCAGACAUGUAGAUUCACCAUAUAUGUUGAUUGUGAUGACUCGAGAAGGGAAUUACUCUAACUUGACCAUUUUUAUGAGCAGGUAUUGUUUCCCUAUUGUUAGUGUCAAUAAAUCACCAUAUAUAUGUUGAUUGUGAUGACUCGAAAAGGAAAUUACUUUAAUUUGAACAAUUUUCUAUGAACAGGUAUUGUUUGCCUAUUGUUAGUGUCAAUAAAUACUCUCUGUCUUGAGUGAAUAACGUGAAUUCAAUCGAAUUUGAUGAACACAAGAGUUGUAAUGGAGUGAAAAUAAGACUAUUCAUGCUCUUUAUUGGUACUAUUUUGGAAUAGCCAACUGUGGUAGCUGAUUUUUUUCCUUCUUCAAUUGUGAAUAUUAUGUUGAUAUGCCGCUUCAAUAUAGUAUAGACUCGAACAUAAUUCAUCACAAUGAAAUCUUCAUAAAAUCGAAAUAACAAAUAAUCCGUGGAUGAAUUUUGCAGUUGUUACUAAGAUACUUGAACCUUGAAUAUUCAAUACUCAUGAUUGAUGUAAAUUAAACGUUCUACAGUCUAUGCUUUGUUUAUUUCUUGUUCAAGAAAAAUUGUUUCUUAUUUCAAACAAGUUCAUAAUAUACUGUAUAGUGUUUUACCCAUAACAAAAAUUAUUUCCCUUUGUACUCAAUCAUCAGGCAAGGAAUUGAGCUGCAUACAGACAUUUGCGCCACGAAUACGCGCAUUUCGCUUUUCAUCAGCUGAUUAUAACUAUAUUUGUGCCAAAACAGGAAGUUACAUAUACGCUUAACUUCAGCUCAUUAAAUCAAUGUGAAAUGGGAAAUCAAAAAAUGCUCUUGGCGCAUAAGUCUGUACGCAGCUUGAGAAAAUCCUUCGUGAUAGCCUACGUCUCAAUAUUCUCAAUAUUUAUGUUGUAUAUGUAGGAAGUAAGUCACUUAUCAAUGAAAUCUGAUUUCGAUUAAUGAUGCAGUCUCACCAAGAAUAAAACUUUUAUUUAAUUUAUCAA